CAUUUCACAAAUCUGGUAAAUAUUUUCCCGAAAAGAAUUAAUUUUUUGGUUCGAAAUUUGACAAGAUAUUUUUUAAAUUUCUACGUUUUUUACUUCAGUUUUAAAUCCUAUAAAAUUCGUUUUAAAAACAAUAAAACCAGAGAACGUAUAUUUUCUGCUUUUCACCGACCUAUCCAAACGACUGCCGUACGACCAACAAAAACGCCAGAAAACGCCACGUAGACGGUCGACGAGAAUUUUCUAUAAAACAUUUCGGGUGUAGUCGGGGAAAGUUUUAGAAAAGUAAUAUUAGACAAGACGGCAAGAAAAGCAGAAACCAAGUAAGCAGUGAAUUUUGAUUCGAAGCAGUUUAUAAGAAACCGUCGGUAAGAUGCAAGCAGCCGCAGAUAUGCCCAUAGAAAUGGCAAAUAAAGAAACAGCGCAGACAACGAAGUUGCCAACAAUUAUUUCCAGCAAUGGACUCAAAAUCACAUCCAAGUUAAAUCCGGACGCAAAGGAAUUCUAUCCCUCAUAUUUGUUGCGACAGAAAAUUAUGCGAGAAAUCGGUGAUGUCGGUGGGGGUGGUGCGCUUGCGCAACCGUUACAACUGACGCAGAAUGCAAAUGUGUUGAAGGUUAUAAAGAUUGAAGGUAUAAUGGGAACAAAUCAAGUAGUGACAGACGUGAAUGCGCUGAAGGCGCCAAUAGAAGAUGAAAAAGCAAAAGAAACCGAGACCACAGGAAUUGUGAGCCAAAUAAAAGCGCCGAACGAUGAAGAGACAGUCGAGGUCAAAAGCGAAGACAGCAAGGACUUGGAGUUGGAAUCAAGGAAAGAACCAGCAGAAGCAGGGAAAUUAGUUAACACAGUUACAGUGCCACAGUUGAGCUUGGAAACCAUGAAAGCAACGAAGCCAGUCGAAGAAGACGUAAGAGGCUCUGAGGAAGACAGCACAGACUUUGAGGAUGCCGAGGGUGAGCCUAUGAUGCAGCCGAUGAGCGCACAAGCGAAUAAAUUACAAUUAAAAGAAUUGCAAUUGAAUAAUACUGAGGCAAAAGUGGUUGGCGACGCAGUGGUGGGACGCACUCUACCCAACAAUAACAACAUCAACAAUGAGCUUAGCGAGAACAUAAGUGAUGAAGAGAAUCGCGAGCAAUAUUCCGAUCAGAGCUCCAAUGAAACACUCAACGAAUUCAAGUGCAAAGAAGACACCGAAUCAGUAGAGGUUAGCGAGCUGAGCGAAGAGAAUGAGCUGGCCGAGGAGGAAGCUUCGCAUGAGCUACCACAAAUCUUGGAGGAAAUAAAAGAGUACAACAGCUUGUGUGGCGACGGUGAUGGCGAUGUGGAGUGCGAAACGGACGGCGUUUGUGAAAGUGUUGGCAUAGGCGAUGGUGAUGGCGAUGUGCCGCUCGAACAUAAUAUAGAGCAACUACAGCUGAGCGAUAAGCCAACCCAAGAAGCGGAUGGUGAUGCCGCAACCGGUGGCAGCACUGAAACGCCACCGCAAACACCAAAUGAGGUGUGUAAAAGUCCGACUAGUAAAUCACGCCUCGGCAAGGGUAAGCUGCUCAAGGAGAAGGAGGAUAAAAAGAAGACAGAGAAACGCACCACAUUACGCAAAUUGGCCAGCAUCAGUUUGAGCUUGCGCGGCAAGAAUAGCGCACAUCACAGCGAGAAGACGACGCAACGCAGCAGCUCUUCGGUGAUGACACGCACCAAGCGUCUCUCGGAGAGUCUACACAACCUCACCAUGGGACACAAGCCGAAAACGGAUAGCAAGAAGACAGAGGGCAGCAGUCGUCUAUUGCCACGCAGUGCCACCAAUAUACCGCGACCGCCAACUGCACGCGCACGCACGGUGCUCAGUCGCGCUACAACCGAGUCGAAUGGCAUGAAUUAUAAAGCGCCGAAGACGCGCAUAACCAGCACCGUAAGCACAACCGCCAAUCACAGCGCCGCGAAAGAUACCACCUCAUUGAAAUCGGUGAGCUCAACGGAGCAGAGUUUGGCUGUGAAAACUACCACAUUAGCGGCCAAGAAGUCGCUUGUCAGCAAAUCUUCAAAUGCCACACUCGAAAAAUCCGGCAUACCCACAGUCACAGCCACCAAGUCUAAGGAUUCGGUUGGCAAAGUGCGUCCACGUGGCACACACGCCUCCACGCUGCGUCAAAAUGAGGCGCAAAAGAUGUCCAUGCCCCGUAAAUCCAAAACCCGCAUGUUGCGUAAAACCCUCACUGGUCGCUGUGCCUGUUUAGCGUCGUAAUCUCUUUCCCAACGAUGAUGUCGAAUCGAAUAUUGAAUUGUCACAAUUUUUGUUUAAGUAACGGUAUCUUUUAAAAUAAUAUAAAAACAUAUAUAUAUUUUUUUAAUUAAACAAUUGCUCAAUGAAAAACCAAACGAUGUGAAUUGUUGUGCUGUAUUUUGGAGUGGUCAAGUCAUAUUUGCUUCGAAUUAGCAUAAUGUUUAUUAACCGAUGUAUGUUAUUGCUGUUGUUGUUGAAAAUGUAAAGCAAAGCUAUGCGCUUAAGCCGCAAACGACAAAUGUAAUAUAUUGAAUAUAUAUCUGUAAAUUGUAAUAAAUACUAGUAUUUUAACAACAACAAAA